CUACUGGAAUGUGAAGAUAACGUCUACGAGUCAAUCGGAUGGACUGAAGAGCUUAUCGAAAAUAUAGAACUGUUAUAUCAAGAGAAUUGUGUCGGUAAAAAUCAAAUGGAGGCCGAUGAACUUUUAAUGAAGUGCCUAGACAUAUACAAGCAAGCAAAGACUACUUAUGCGUAUUGCAAUCAACUGUUGGAAACGUACACAAAGCUUUGCGAGGCAGACAAGCGGAAGCUCCCAAGAAAUAUUCUUCUCAGUAAAAACCGACUUUUGCGACUCUGGCCUCGUCUAGAGGCACGCAUUCAAGAAUAUCGUCAGAGAGCGGAAGCAGCUGAAGACGUCUAUUCUCGGGUAGAUGUGCUUUUGAACCGAGUUCAAGAGUAUUUGCUGGAGGCAGCACGCAGUCCAGUUGCAUUUGACCGAGUUUGCGGCUCGCCAACUGUGAGUGAAUCCAUUCCCGUACCGAAUGAAUCGCAACGCGAACAGCUGGUGUCGAUUAAGAAUGAGUUCCAGGAGGCCAAGUCACUAGGUGUAGCGCUGGUUGACAAACUUCCCAAAGGACUCAUAACGGAGUUCUCUCAAAUAAAAUAUAGUUUCUUUUACAAUUCCAAUGAAACCAGAGAUCCAAUUUUUGUGGGUGUCGUCAUGGACGAAGUUAGUCGUUUGAUACGUCUCAAACUGUACACAUUAUGGCUGAAAAUUCGCGAAUUCGAAUAUCUGGUAAUGGGUCACAACAAUCCGGACCAGACAACUGCAAGCGAGUUGGGUAUGGACACGCUACACCCACUUGCUCGAUCACGAUCGACCAAUUCAACUUACAAACGCCACGGAUCAUCAUCUGAUGUUGUUGCCGAACUCCAGAAUGCGCCAUUCUACUCACCUUAUGAUUCAGGGACACUUCGAAACAAACGCUCCCCUAGAGAUCGGCACAACCAGGACCCCUAUCAUCCUCCCAUUCCGGCAAAUUAUGAUCCGACUGCGCAAUGCGAAUCGCGGAAUAGCCGAGCUCGCUCUGCGCCGUCCACGCCACCGACAAAAGUGCAAGCAAGUUCUGAGCAACCACUGAGCACAACACCGGUGUAUGAGGUGGAUCAUAUAGACUUCCAACCAGCGAAAAAGCAGGAAAAAUUACCUUCGGCUAGUAGAUCGGCAUUUCGUAACCUCAGUUCGGCCACCGAGCGCAGAUAUCCGACUACACAUGACUCGUCAUUCGAUAACAUUGAGAGACAACCACAGGAACUGAAUAGAACGACAACGCAUUCCGGAUCGAAUCAGUCAAGCACGCGUUUCAGACCACAAAGUGGGACGGAUGGAGAAUAUCGCGAUGAACAGGACCGUUUCAUGAGACGAAAUCGUUCCUCGACAGAUUCGGGGACACGAAAUGUGGAAGGACGCAGCAGCGACUCGCGGACAAAGAGAUCCGGAUUGGAAAAGUCGACAAAAUCUAGUCCCUCAAAUUCUCAGGGAUUGGGCGUUCGAUUAAACGAUUUACGUGCAGAUUUGGAGGAGUGUAGAAAUCGACUGUAUGACCUUGUUAAUGCGACCUGUCUAUCCCUGUCGCAAAACGCAGCAAAUGCCUCCCAAGUGGAUGAAAAGGAUCCGGAUUGGAGGACCAUAGUCAGUACACAGGACAUUAAGCGUAUUUCAAUGAUUGGUGAAGAGGCGGUGGGUAUGAAUGCAACUGUUCCAGCACAACAGAAAUUCAUCACCAACCUAUUGAAUCAAGUGCAGAAUGAUCCACACCCGGAACUGGAGUCCACAGUGGAAGAUGUCAACAUGCUUUGGGCAACUUAUCAGCGUCAUCUGGAUGUAUUUUUCGAAUUCAUUGGACAGUUGGAUAAGGGCUAUAAAUUGUUACCAAGAAUUGGCGAGUUCCGAGCGAAGCAACUGGUCUACCUGAACGGUAACAGACAACCAAUAGCUGUGUUGUCUAAUUUCCAAAAAGAGGGCGAAGAUCUGGAUCGAGAAAUUGCCGAUGUGAUUGAAACAGAACAGCUGUAUUCCAGCGCGGACCAGAUUCGCGGGCAAAUGAACGUUCGACCGAAAAUAAAUUGGUUAAUACAACUGCUCAAGCGCGAGAGGCGUAUGAUAAAAGAUGGAUUGGAUGAUGUGGAUUUGAUUUUAGCCAAUUUGAGAACUGACAGUUCCAUGGAAACUGUCGAUCUUGCCGCUUUAAUACCUCUCUCUCCGUCUAUCGUGGACGGUACCCGCGGUUCUGCCGGACGUUCAUGUAUCAAAGAUCAAUCCAAUGGAAUGGCCCAUUCAACAUCCGCCGGAUCAUUUUCUAGGUUAGCUGCCGGAUCAAGAGCGUCAUCACAAGAUAAGACACCAACACCGACAUUUCCAAUGGACGGUCCUCCACCAAUACCACCAAGAUAUUCACUACCCAGAGCACCAUCUGCUGUAUCCACACAACCCGUUUCCGCCCCGGUCGCUAUGGAUAGAACCACCUUGCAAAUCACACCGAAAAUUGUGAAAGAUGUGGGUGACAUGCAUGCACAAUUGUUGAAUUCCGCGACCGGUGCACUGGCUCCGAUCUCUCUUACCGUGCAAUACAAGGGGUUCAUUACAGUGCCUCAGGUAAAAUGGAGUUUUGCUGGAAAACCGGUCGAUACAAAAAUCUGGCAAAUUCGAGUAGAGUUGAAUGAGUCCUCGAUUUUCUCCAAUGUGGCACACGUGUUCGAUCAAGGUGCUUAUGAGUGUCAGAUAACCGACUCCCAGACAGGUUUUGAAAUCAGAUCUGUGGGUGCUCUCAUGUUAGCACCAACGAAUGAACAAAAAACUCGAUCCUCUCUGAUGAUCGGUGAAAACCAAGCGACUGGGUUCGUUCGUGAAGGAGAGCCACUUACUUUACGCUGUCCGCUCGAUCCAACAAUUCCAUUGUCCGACUGCACCAUUGAUUGGUUGCAUAACGGAAAUGUAAUCUAUACAUUCAAUCCUUCACGACGCUUAGCAACCAGCCCCACAGUUUUAUCGGCCCCAAGUCCCUCAGGAAAAGAUCACCAGUUCCAAAACGGAGAGACCAUAUGGCGUACUUAUGUGGCCGAAGGAUGUUGCGCACUGGCCACAAAUACGGCUCACAAGACGGAUCACGGGGUUUACAUCUGCCGGAUACAUUCAAGGGGUCAAGUUUUCGAAUCUGAAGGGGUAGUCACAAUUCCUACUGAUCUCGCGUUCAGUCAGCCCCUGAGGCAAAUGUCCGUUCAAAUAGGGCAACCAGUGACGCUGUUCUGUCAAGUGAAACCUGGUACAUUCAGCGGACAAACACAAACUAAGCAAACCAAGUCAGAGGCGGAAGCAUUACGCGUAAAAUGGUUCUUCAACGAAGAACAUUUAAAUCCCUACAAAUGCCUGCGGAUGGGCAUUCAACUGCACUCAGCAUCAUCCGGUUGCAUGUCACUGAUAAUCCAGAGAGCUGGCCGGGCUCAUGCCGGUCACUAUCGGUGCGAAGUUAGCGGAGAAGAUGAGACCAUAACCACCGAAUGUGAUUUGGAGGUCAAAGAUAUAAAUGAAGCGUUGAACGUGCGUUGGUUUCACAAUGACAUGGAAAUUGAUCCGGCAGGAACUCCCGUCUAUCGGCCACUUGUGGACCAACCGCGGCCAAACUUCUAUCAGCUAGAAAUCUCCAACAUUAACAAUACCCUGGCUGGCAGUUAUAAAGUGGAGGUUACUCGUGCCACUCAGUCGUUCGACAAUGACAUUGAACUCCCGGUGUUGGCUGAGGCUGAGUGCUGGGUCGUAAUAGACGAUCACGGUGAUUUGAAACAGGAGCAACACGUAUCCGCACCGCAAGUUAUUCAUACCGGAUUUGGACCCGCAUUGAAUGUAAAACCGGGAGAUCCGUUUGAGCUGACUUGCCACGUUUCCGGCUUCCCCAAACCGUCCUUCUGUUGGAUUAAGGAUCGACAGGCUGCUGUAAUAUCUUCAUUGAACGAUAUCGAGGUCUCCGGCUUAGAUUCCAUUUAUCAGCUGGCAGUCAGGGAAGCCAACUCAAGUCACUCCGGUGAAUGGACUCUAGUCUGUUACAAUGCAUAUGGAGCAGUCGCUCAGUCUUCGACAGUUACCUUAUUUGAUGCUGGCGUUCCAUAUCACGGGGGCGUUGAAGCGUUAGGAUCGGAACUUGUGGCUGGAGUUGAGAAAUCCACUACCGAUUUGCCCCCGCCACCGUCACAAAGAGAACUGGACGGGAAUUUAUACACACAAAUCACUGAUCUAUCUCAGGAUGGUUCCAAAGCGCGUCAAUCUCCAUCUAGUAUGAUGGAGCCUCCGGAAUUCAAAAGUGUAUUCACCGACGCCGCCUGCCGAAUCGGGGACACGGUGCGGUUACAAAGUCUUAUCACAGGCUGUCCGACUCCUGCGGUUCAUUGGACGGUCAAUGGUAAACAAGGGGAAAAGGAUGACCCUCGUCGUCGCCUCGUCUGCAACGGAGAAGCGUACACCCUGGUUAUUAAGCAUGCCACAUUGGGUGAUUCUGGACGGUAUGCGCUGACAGCCGAAAACAUUAUUGGUGUAGCGACUUGCUCCGCUUUAUUAGUAGUAUGUGCGAAUCCCGUGAGCCGCCCCACCAGUGCUUUAAGUGAGCCCGGUUUGUUCACGCUAUCAACGGACGACCACGCGAACACGUACCACAUGAUCGGGCGGGAACGGAGAAGCUCAGGCACUCAGACACCGACAAAUCAACGCGUGGCUAUCAUUCGUUCGGUCAGCAUGUCUCCAUUUGAGAUGAAAUCCAGAGAUCAUUCCAUUCUAAAUGCCAGUAGACAAUCCACCUGUCGACAUUGCAGUAACAUAUUUGGUGUGACGUAUGACGAUGAUCCUCUGGAGUACUCAACCAGAAAUGAACGAAUAUUCUCCAUUCGAUUAAUCAUUUAUCCAACUUCCCCAAUUUGUGACACUCAUACAUACAAAUACGGGAACAGUGGCAAACGACUAGACGAAGGAGGCAUACUCGGAGCCGAUCUCGUCGAGUACAAACAAACUCAAAUAUCCUCAUACGCAACCAAAGCGAAGGAUCACUGGUUCACCGCUGUCCUGUAUGUCACGCUGUCAUGA